CGGGAGGUUGGAUCUGCCAUGAAUUCAUUCCUGCAGAAAACGCUUCCUACUAGUGUUGCAAUUCAUGGAAGCCCUCUGGGUUAUUCUGGCUCUGGGAGUGAAAGGGUUUUUCAGGAGGGCCGAGUAAUGCAGGUUUCAUUUGGUGCUAGGAUUUCACCAGAUGCAAUCUAUGCUAGUGGUUACAGAUCAAAAACAGAAUUGUCAGAUACCAAUCAGCAUGAGCAACGUACUGUUUCGGCAAGGACUGGUACAGAUCAAAGUGGUGCUGCACGUGAUCCUAAGAAGAGAAAAUCAGAGGAAAAGUUGGCAGGCAACGGAAAGAGGUCGAAGAAAGAUACUUCAAGUAGAUCACCUCCCAAGGCAGAAGUGCCUGAUAUGAAGUUGGGAGAGAGAGACAAGAUCAUAGCAUUGCAGCAGAUCAUCUCACCGUAUGGGAAGACAGAUAGAGCAUCAGUGUUGUAUGAAACCAUCAAGCACAUCGAAUAUCUACAUGAGCAGAUACAGCUAUUGAGUGAACCCUACAUGAAGAAUAGCACAAACGAGGUGCCCUUUCAAUGGGGAGGUAAAGAGGAGGAUUUGAGAGGCAGAGGGCUUUGCCUGGUCCCUGUUUCGUGCACCCCGCAAGUUCUCCAGGAUAAUAGCCUGCCGGACUGCUGGACGCCGGUGUACAAGAGCUCCCGGUACCAAUGAUCCCAGCGAUCGCAUGUUUCCUUUAUCACCUCUACUUGUCACGCUCAUGAAUUGGUUGGGGUGUUUACGACUUUACGGAUAGUCGGUUAUUUUGCUUGCGUUCUCCUUGUUUUUACUUUACUAUACUAGUUUUGUUUCCGCUGUAUUGUAUGGUGGCCGAUGUGUAGUAUAGAAUAACAAAGUUGGGGGUCUUAGAUCUUUGGCUUUGUGCGAAAACGGUGCCGAUUCAGGCUUAGCACUCGCUAUUAGGAGAACAGUAUAACUAUUUCCGUCUUUUGAAGGUUGAACCGCACUGCUUGUACUCGAUAUUUCGAUGGCAUUUUACCCUUUGAUUUGAUUUGCUA